CCACUACGUCCCCUCUCUCCACCGAACCAACCCAGUAGAACUCGCCCCCGACCCAAACGCCAAAGAGGGAUGGGUGAAGGGGCACAAAAAAACCCGCCAGAGAUUUCCGACCAGCUCCGAGCACCAUUUUCAAAAGUCUCAGGUUCGAUUAUCCCUCGUCGACCCUUCACGCCCAACUUCAGCGCAUUUUUUUUUUCUUCCAUUAGGCCGUCCACCCAAGAAUGUUAGAACUUUACCGACGGCCACAAUGUCUCGCGACCUUGAGCGAUUGAUAGAGUCACUCAUAACCGACAUUUCAUGUUACGGUGACCUGGCCUGGGACUGGCUAAGAGCAAGGAAGGAUAUCUCUGUAGGAGCGAAUCGAAAAUGGAACCAUCUAGCUCUAUCCGAUGUCCUUGCUGUGCCAGACCCCGACUCUGAGGGCGGGUCAACAGCGCCUGGUAUAUCGGGAGAAGCCCCAGGAGCAGCGCCGGAUGGUUCUCAGCCAAAGGAGCCAUCUCAAAGUAUCACAAGAAACGAUUUUCCGCGGAAGCGACCCCGAAUCUAUGUUGCCGAGGACCGUAUGUGGGAAGCCAUCGCAGGACACGCGCCCGACUACCGAAGAGUCCCGAGACUAGAGUGGAUGGCCUUAGUUGGCAUCGCAUCCACGAAGCAGCAGGGCAUUUUGCAGGGCGAUCUAGGUCGACUUGUAGGCCAAGACAAACGGUCGUUGCCCAAGAGAACAGACGCGCUCGCCGACAAAGGAUACAUCUCGAAGCGCACGACUCUUGUCAGGGGCACCAAGACGAGCAAGAUGUGGUUAACGCGCUUUGCCCCUGCCCUUCCGACAAACCCGCUCAAGGCGGCCGCCAGCCUGCAUACAACAGUUGAUAUGUCUCGGGAUACUCUGGCACGCGAUUUGGAACCCGUCCCAUGGCGUGAUAGGUGGAAUGGGGAUUCAGUUGACUACAUUUCUCUUGCCCAGACAAUCAUGGCUGUCGUCAAGGCGUUCGGAAUCAUCAGGUAUCACGACCUACGUUGCAAGCUGGGCAUUCUAGGUUUGAGAUGGCAGAUGAAAGUGGCAGCAAAAACCUGCCGCUUUUUUGUCCAGACUGGGGCUGUCCAGUACGUAGGUGCCACUUUAUCUGGCAAGCUCUUUAAGGACUGUCUCAAAUUCGACCACGACCUUACGCAUGAAGACUGGGCAGCCUAUCUUGCUACAGGCAAGCAGAAAAACAUCUCCUUCUCACCUGCGGACUUGGGCGAUGCGGACCUUGGGUCCGGUCUGGCAGACACGAAUGUGAAUGCCGAUUCCUCAAACCUUGAAUCUGGUCUCCGUCGCAACACUAAUAAGAAGCACAUCAAUCCACAGUCCAGCUGGUUGCCAGAUAAGCCUCUGAUUACAAUCGUUUUCGAUAACAUCUCGGCUGCUGGCGCUGCGGGUCUCUCCAAUAAGCAGAUAGGAGACUCUACGCUGGGAUCGUCAUUCCGGAGGUAUUUGUCCUCAAUUUCUUCGACCGUCUCUCUUCCAACACAACAGCCCAAACAUCUGAGGCACUUCCAAGUAACGAGCGAGAUGCAUCGGAAGGGCAAGUCUCAGCAAUAUCGGUAUUUUGCAAGGAAUUCGCAGCAGGCUUCUACGAUAAUCGUUGCUGAGGAAACAGCUGAUGGAGAAACCGAUGACCAUUCCAUGGCUGACGCCGUCCCUGGUGAUACUUUCGCAGCACUUUUCACAGAUCCGGCUCUUCUCCCUGACACUCCUCGAGCUGCCGGUGGCUUGGCAGCCCUUGCCCAUGUUUCCGGUAGGGGGCUGAAUGCCAUCUCGAAGAGAAAGUCUGAGGUAUCGGAAUCGUCACAAACCAAAGAAAGCCGAGGAAUGGGGCCUCAUUGUUCGAAACGGGCGAGGGUAUCAGAGCAGGCCGAAGAUGGUGUCAUGGUCGAUAGUGGCUUUUCGCGAAGGGCCAGUUCAGGGCACGAAUCUGGAUCAACCCCUCCACUUUCUAUCCGUCGCGGUUCAAGAAGACAAUACGCUGAAAAAGAGGCGACAUCGUUGAUGAUUACCCUCAAGAUGGAUCCCUCUGCAUUGUCAAGUAUUCUAAGAGUCGCAAAGACGAAGGACGAAGUCGACACCUCUUCUGACCCCGAGAAGGUCAUCAAUACUGAGGAAAUCACCGAUACUACACACACUACUUUGGAUCAAGCUAUUCAUUCGUCAACUCUAUUAGCAGCAGAAACGCCUCCAGGGAACCCCUCAACUGAAGAGGCCACAGUUUCAAUUGACGCUCUAGCAGUUGAAGAGUCGAUUGUGGUAGCUUCUUUGCCUUCAGGGGAAGAUGUGGACAUGGACAAUGCUGAGGGCAUGGAAGACAGCCUGGUUGGAGAGUCAUCUGCAAAACGCGGAGGACGCCGCAAAAAGAAUCAUGCAAUGAAGUCUUCGGGCCGCGGUCGCUCCAAGGUCUUCAAGUGCGACAAGUGUGGCGGAACGUGGAAAAACGACGUUGGUAUUAAGUACCAUCUUGAGAAAUCGAAGACAGCCUGCAACCCAAACUAUAUCCCGCCGCUAUCCGGACCUCCUGAAGCUCUGUUUCCAACAGCCAAACGUUCCACACUAGCCAAACGAGCAGUCGCCGUUCCUCGGCAGAUCCAGUCUCGCCACUCAAAGUCGUCGGCUAUCGCUGGAAUUCCCAAUGAUGAUGAUCAGGAUAUAGAACAAAUUCCAGAGGAUUCAAUCUUGGCGAUCGAUUCGGCUACUAGCAUCAGUUCUGCCAGAGGCAGAGUCAUGAGACGCUCUGGAGUAGGAUCUUCCAACAGAUAUUCAGAAACCAGGCAGGGGGCGAGGAAGGGCAUGAUCAGACAACGUGGGAGCGCCAAUUCCGUCUCGUUUCCAAGUCCGCACUUAUCUUCAAUCCGGGCGUCCAUGAGCGGGUUAAUUGAUAUCGCUGCUGGGGGAAUUAGAGACGUGCCAUCAGAACACAUGCCAGUCCAGCCAGCCUUUAAGAGGUCACGGGCAGAGGACGCCACGAACUUUGACGACACACAUGCCUCUGUGGGGCGUUAUAGACAGUCAUUCGCUGGAAAGGAUGAGUUUGAGCAGCCGUCUCCAUCGAUGCACAAGAGAACUCAUGGCAAUUCUGGGCCGAGAGACUCAUAUUCAGGCUCUGCCAAGCCACGCUUUGGGCGGCACACCAAUCAGAACUCCAGGACGGUAGCAGUCGGGGAAGCACCCUCGUCGGGAAUGAGCGGUUCCCAAGUCGCGCACGCUGAAGCACUGAGGGCUAGUCUUGAUGAUAACGGUGUUCUAUCGGAGCUCGAGAUCAUGGAGAGGACCCUCUUGUAUAUCCUCCGUGCGAAUGGCGGAGUUUUUGCCGGCGGGCAGUCAUUAUGGUACGCUGUCAUGGCGAUGUGGGAAGCUGCGUUUCCUGUCGAAGAAGCUCCAGAUCAUCAACGUUAUAAGGAUGCUCUGGCCAGAUUGGCCAAGAAGAAGCAGGUAGUGGUCAGCACCCAUGCCUUCAAGGACUCGAGAGGCAUGAUGGCAAACUACCAGCUGAUUCGAAUACCUGGAGUCGAAGCAUCGUCCCCAGCGGGUGUAGCGAUGAAAGCCAACAUUGUUGCUGAGCAUCCAGGAGUUUACACGCCAUCCGCCUUUACACCUAGGUCAGGGCUUCCCGAAGAGCAUAAGCACGACGUUCAGCCUGUCUUUUCCAGUCGCAGGAAAUUGCUUACCCACGCUGAGGACGAAGGCCCUGAUGGCAAACGCAGGAAAGACAUUUUCCGUAUUUUCAUGGAUGGACGGGGGGUGGCAGGUGACGGGCCUUCCGCCUUGCCGGAAGACGGGAAGCCUGGCUUUUCUCCUCGACUCGUUUUCCUAAGUCCCAAUACCUACUUGGAACGAGAAGUUUCAGAGGAUGUUCAUCAGGCAUUGAUACCUGUUCGGCCAGAUCCAGAGCCGACGUAUCCCGCAGCAUUGGCGAAAGGUAGCACCAUCAACGACCAUAAUUUCGCAUUUGCUGAUGCCGAUGUAAUUAUGGGCAAAAAUGGCACCUGGCCAAUUUACGACGACAACUUCUUUGAGAUGAGGGACCGUAGCCUAACGAUUGCCGGUUGGAUGCCGGACUCUCGAUGGUUCUUGAGGCAAAACUUGCCCCAGAAUCUGACCGAGAUGAUCAAGUGGCGCGGUCGGCCCAAAGCCAGCUUCACUAGCAGCAGUCAGUACUCCGAAUUUGCCGAACAGGUCGACGCAUGUUUUGACUGGGAGCUGUCGACCGAGGGAAUGAAGCUUCUUCUGGCCGAGUCGAUUGCUCCUGAUCACAUAUUUAUCAACCAUGGCGUCGGUGACCUUCCAUGCGAAUGGGAGAACCCGCCACUAGAAUGGGAUCCUGCGAACCAGCUUAGCCCAUCUGCCCUGUUCGACAUACAAAUAUCAGAACAGACGACGACAGCGACCGACCAUCUCUGGGGUGGUGAACUUGGUCGGCAAAGAAGGCGGAAGCGGCGACAGAACAAGCUAGCAACCGAGCCAAAGGAGCUUGUCGUCGGCAUCGAUUUGAAAGUCAGAACGCUUAUACCGCUUCCUAGGGAUAUGGAUCUGAGGGACGUAUCGAAACGCAAUGCCGGGCUUGAUGAGACGAAUGAAACCAUUUUAAUUGCAGCGUUUGUUGUCACGAGAACACUGUUAGGGGGCGCUGAUCGAAUUAUCGAAUGGGGUCUAAUGAUGACCUUGUUCCCUGACAUGGCACUUAGCGCUAUGCGGCGAUUCUGGUCGAAGGCUCGAAAGGACCGGGGCACAUUCAUCAACCAGCUUACGGAGCGAUUCCAGGUCCAGUUCAUCUCCGCCUAUGAGAACAACGUGUUUCCACCCAUUGAUUUCGAUAGCUAUAUUGAUUACGAUUGGCUGCGUUUAAUCAAGUGGACGGCUGGCCUGAUCGAGGAUUCGCAAGAACUACCAGCCAACAAGGCUGCCCUGGACCGGGGUUAUUCUCUGGGCUCGGCAUGGACGGACGUCACCGACUGGCGAGACGACUACUACAACUUCCAAAUGUCCGUCUUCAACCGAUUCGAGGCGGCAACUUCCCGCCCAGCAACCUCUUUCGUGGACAGGAGAGACGAAGAAAUAGAGUCAAAAACAGAAACUGACGAUCUUGUCACCGCCAUGUCAUGGCUACGCUCUCUCUGUUACACUCACCGCGAUAGGUACGCGCCUCAGGAUAUCAGGAAAAAAAUGGCGAGCAUUGGGGGCGGUAACGAGGACCGCAUUCAGUCCUUACUCGAGCAGGCGGUCGAGAUCCUUCAAGGUCAGGGUGUGAUCACGGAUAGCAAGCUUAAGGCCCUCGAGGGCCGACCGUACCGCCUCACAGAGACAUUCCUGCCGCGGUUCAUGAAGUGGACUCACGAGGUCAAAUUUAUCGAUGCUGCUAGGUUCAAGUCUCAACUUGACGGGAGCUUCCGGCGGGGCGAGAAGAUUCGUAUCCCGUACGUGUUGAAAGAUGGCGAGGUCAUGGCCAUGAUGAACCUGCAGGCCAAUGGGCGAGUCAUCAUCACCACGGUGGAUGUACCUAACAUCCCCCUUGGUUUCGAUCCCGGCAACUAUGAAAGCAGAAAAUACCCCAAGUCGUACUACAACUUUGGUCUGGAGAUCGCGCCGACCGAUACGUACAUUUACGACGAGGACCUGGACAUCCUUCGGCAGGCCAAGAACGACAAGCCUCUAAGGGAGAACCAUAAUCGCGCGAUACCGUUGUGGUCUGACUUCUUUGGAGAAAUGAAUAUAGACCGCUGGUCUCAGGUUCUUGGUGCGGUCGCGUUUGUUAUCGCAACACGGGGACCUCUGGAUGUUCCGUCUGUUUGCGCCGUGCUCAAGCCAUACUUGCUGGAGUUCGAGGUGCAAAUGGUGUUCGACUGGGGAAGGCGCAACGGUGUGUUGAAGGGAAUGGCACAUGGAGUAAGCUGUACAGUCGGCGAGUGGUGGUGGCUACUGAUUGGAAAGCAGCGAAUCAGUGCUGCAUAG